AAUACUAUAUUUUCACCAGCAAACGAUGGUCACAUGACAGAUGUUACUUGUGAGGUAUACCAUGGUGGUGCAGAUGCUGUUUACUCCUUUGUUAUGGUAACAAAACUUGAUGUAACAGUAAACAUUACAGCAGUGUUACAGACACAAGAGAGCCAGCAAAUUACGUCAUAUAAUUUCUCUGUAAUAUCUGAUAUCGAUUCGACAUACACCUGUGUAAUUCUACAUGCAAAAGAAUCAGCACAAAGCAUUAUCCUUCCUGGAAUAUUUCUUCUGCCUUUAUACAACGGGAGUCUACAUAUUGAUGUUACUACAAGUUCUACGAUAAGUAUUAACUGGACUGCGUGGGAUAACACUACAGACGGUGGAGAUGGGCCUGUUAUUGGAUACAUUCUUCACUACAAACUUAGCAAUGGCGAUAUGGAUGAUUGGAAACAAACACCAUUUCAGGAUUCACUGUCAGGAACUGCUUCUGGUUUGUUGUGGGAUAGAAGUUACAUUUUUGCUGUGUCAGCCGUAAGACCUGGUAUAGGCGGUGAAGGUUCAAUAGGGAUGAAGAGAAUUCAAGCAAAAACUCUUUGCGGAAAACCUAGUCCAGUUAAGAAUGUGACCCAUGACAUCAUCGAAGCAGACCAACCUAGUAUACUAGUCAUAUGGAAAAGAAUUGAGGUGGAUGCAGAGACACUGAAAUGCUUCAACUCUACAUAUUUCUACACUGUGUAUCUAAAAAUGAAUAACAGUGAAGGAGUUGGUGAUGUGGUUUACCAGGGCAUUGACACUAAAACAGUGAUAUACAACAUUGAUGUUGAUGCUACUUACGCCAUUUCGGUAACUGUUUCUAAUAAAGAUAGCGAAGGCGAAUUCGGUGAAAGUCAACUUGUAGAUUAUGAAUGUGAAACUGGAUGGUUUGGAACUAACUGUAAAGAGAAGAGCACUAAACCAUGUACAUGUCAGAGAUUGACGGGAAAAUUUGUGUCGUGUGAUUCAAAUUGGCUUGAACCCAACUGCGAAAUCGUGGUGCCUUUAUAUAACGGAAGUAUGCAGCUUGAUGUUACUACAAGUUCUACGAUAAGUAUUAACUGGACUGCAUGGGACAAUACUACAGGCAGUGGAGACGGGCCUGUUAUUGGAUACAUUCUUCACUACAAACUUGGCAAUGGCGAUGCGGAUAAUUGGAAACAAUCACCAUUUCAGAACUCAUUGUCAGGAACUGUUUCUGGUUUGUUGUGGGAUACUUAUUACGUUUUUGCUGUGUCAGCCGUAAGACCUGGUAUAGGCGGUGAAGGUCCAAUGGGAAUGAAGAGAAUUAAAGUUAAAAGUCUUUGCGGAAAGCCUAUGCCAGUUAAGAAUGUGACCCAUGACCUCUUCGAAACAGAUCCACCGAGUAUACUAGUUGCUUGGACAAAAAUUGAGGUGGAUGCAGAGACGCUAAAAUGCUUCAACUCUACAUAUUUCUACACUGUGUAUCUAAAAUUGAAUAAUGAUGAAGGUGUUGGUACUGUGGUUUACCAGGGCAUUGAUACUAAAACUGCGAUAUACAGCAUUGAUGUUGAUGCUACUUACGCAAUUUCGGUAACUGUUUCUAAUAAAGACAGUGAAGGCGAAUUUGCUGAAAGUCAUCUUGUAGAUUAUGCUCUGCUUUCAUAUGACGGGAGUCUGCAGAUUGAUGUUACUACAAGUUCUACAAUAUGUAUUAAGUGGACUGCAUGGGACAACCCUACAGACAGGCCUGUUAUUGGAUACAUUCUUUACUAUAAACUUAGCAAUGGCAAUGCAGAUGAUUGGAAACAAAGCCUAAUUCUGAACUCUUUGUCUGGAAGUGCUUCAGGGUUGCUGUGGGAUACAAUUUACACUUUUGCUUUGUCAGCCGUGAUACAUGAUGAAGGCGGCAAAGGUUCAAUUGGAAUGCAGCGUAUCAGCGCGUCAACUCUUUGCGGACAACCUAGUCCUGUACAGAUUGUCAACCACGUAGUUUCUGAUACAAACCCACAUAGUAUUCUUGUCACGUGGACAGAAAUUACAGUUAAUGCAGAGACUCUGCAGUGCUUCAACUCUACAUAUUUCUACACUGUGUAUCUAAAAUUGAAUAACGAUGAAGGAGUUGGUGAUGUGGUUUACCAGGGCAUUGAUACUAAAACUGCGAUAUACAACAUUGAUGUUGAUGCUACUUACGUCAUUUCGGUAACCGUUUCUAAUAAACACAGUGAAAGCGUAUUUGUUAAAAGUACUCUUAUGAGUAAUGACGAUUCUGAAGAAGGGCCUAAGUUGAUUGCAGCUAUUGGUGGCGUCAUUGGAGCAGUUCUUUGUACUGUUGCAGUGGUUGUUAUUAUCAAAACUUUCUGGAAACUAAGACAAGGUGAAGAGGUAAGUGAAUCCACAGAGGAAGCAGGCAUGGAUCAAGGCGAUACACAGGAGUAUGACAAUAUUGUUCCAACAAGAGGCCCUGAUGGGAGUAACACUUCUACAUUCUUUUUAUGUAAACAAAAACUAAGCGAAGAUUUGAUUAAAUCCAUGGACGAUGCAGCCACGGAUCAAGAAGAUGAGCAGGAUUAUGAAAAUAUUGUUCCAAUAAGAAGUCCUACUGGGAGUAUAAGUUCUGCAUUUUUUUCAUGUAAACAAAAAAAUAGUGAAGAAGUGAAUGAUUCCACAGAAUAUGAAAACAUGGACCUAGCAGACGACCAUGAUUGUGGAUCUACGUUAUUUUAUUCAUGAAGAAAUAAAACAAAUUUUUAAACCGGGAUCAACAAUUCUGGAUUCUAAUCAUGGACGAAAAUGUGAAGUGGUGAAUAAACCAAAGAUGCAGCUACAAAUCCAAAAGAAUGGCCAGGCUUGUAAACAUAUUUCGCCCAAUUAUAAGUGAUCAACAAUUAUACAGCAAAUUGUCAAGACUGCAUUCGUGCCAGAGAAGAUAAUAAAAAAUUAUAGACAAAUAAUAAUAAUAAGUCAGAAGCAUUUAUAAAUGUUUUGAUUCUAGACCUAUUACUAAUUACUGCAAGGUGCUAAAAUCAGUCAAGUAUAUAUUUUUUAUUUUCUAUUUAGCACAGGGCAAAUGAUUGCCAAUA